AACUCAUCUAAUCCGUGCGUCCUUGGCCUAUAUGUAGAGUUACAGGUAGAUAAGAACAUGGCCUACUUUUACGUGUAUCCUUAUCGCACCCAGGGAAUACAAGGUUUUUUUAAUAUGCGAUCGAAGCGAAGCAAAUAUUAAAUAAUCGACUACUUUUUCAUAAUAUGUUGGAUACAAGGAUGGAAAACCACCUGGUUUCUGGGGAGGGGAGAGAAAAAAGGGGUACCACCAAAGCUAAAACCCCGUUUAAGUCACUUGGAAAACAAAUGACUUUUGGCCUAUUUUCAUCACUGAUCAUAUUCUCUGGGGUUGCCAGGUAUUGUUCAAAUGAUUUCGAUAGUCUCUCUAUGUUUCUGCCGCUCUUUAUUGAUUGCUCUGGGGCUUGCAAGUGUAUGGAGCUGUUCAAAACACACAGAUGUCUUGCUUCCAGUGACCAUCACAGGAAGCGCUGAUAAGACGAGAAGAGGUACAACAGGGGCGCUGCCAAAGGUACAACAGACUUCAUGUCCUCAUGUGUUUAAACAAGAAAACCUAUGACCCAUUUAUCGCAGAAAACUGUCGGAUUAUAUUGCCCUGCGCAAAUGCUGCAUUUCCGCGGUUGCACCAAGACGGUGAGCCUGCCAUAGCAACGUAGCUGCCGAUACACUGAAAUUGUUUGCGUUUUUUCCUCAAGAUGUCCCUAAGAAAAAGAAUAGCUGUUGUGGGCGGUGGGGCCAGCGGACUGACCGCAAUAAAAUGCUGUUUAGACGAAGAUUUGGAUCCGGUGUGUUUCGAGAGAUCUGACCAGCUGGGAGGCUUAUGGCUUUUCAGACCUGGGGGCAAGCAGGAUGGGGAGGGGACAGUCAUGCGGUCCACCGUUAUCGACACCAGCAAGGAAAUGAUGUGUUGGAGUGACUUCCCCGUCCCUGAUGACCAUCCAAACUUCAUGCACAACACCUACGUCCUCAAGUACUUUCAUAUGUACGCCGAGACGUUCGGCUUGCUGAAGUACAUCAAGUUUCGCCAUGCAAUCAUAAAGGUAAAACCGGCCAGAGACUUCCAGACCAGCGGGCAGUGGGAAGUCCAGUACAAGGAUCUAGAGAAGGAUCAAGAGUAUACGGAGAUCUUUGAUGCCGUGUUCUGCUGUACUGGCCAUCAUACAACCAAAAACCAGCCAAAGUUCCCCGGCCAGGAAAAAUUUCAGGGGAAAAUUGUCCACUCUCACGAUUACAGUGAUGAGAGAGGCUAUGAAGGCAAGCGAGUUGUCGUAGUGGGCGUUGGAAAUUCUGGUAAUGACGUAGCAUCUGAAUUGGGAAAAGUCGCAGACAAGGUAUUUUUCUCGACUCGGCGCGGGAUGUGGGUGAUGAGCCUUGCAGACAAAGAUGGCCUCCCCUGGGAUAUCGUACAAACUCGCCGCCUGACCAACUGGCUGAAGAGUUGGCUCCCGUUUAGUUGGAGAUGCACCAUGGUAGAAAACGACAUCAAUAAACGCUUUAAUCACGAGCUAUUCGGCCUGAAACCGAAACACCGCAUCUUCAGCCAGCAUCUGACGGUAAACGACACGCUUCCAGUUCGCAUACUAUGUGGAAAGGUCGUCAUGAAAACGAAUAUCGCAGGUUUUACUAAAACCGGCGUCAAAUUCGACGACGGAACGGUGGAGGACGACAUCGACCUCGUGAUUCUGGCAACGGGCUACAACUAUGGUUUUCCUUAUGUCGAUGAAUCCGUCAUCAAAAUUGAGAAAAACGUCAUUAAUUUGUACGAGUACGUCUGGCCGUUGACCAUUACCCAUCCCACCAUCGCUUUCAUUGGGUGCAUCCAGCCGGACGGUUCUCUUUUCCCAUGUGCGGAACUUCAGUGUCGUUGGGCUACACGGAUGUUCAAGGGUCUGUGCAAACUCCCCAGUAAGGACGCCAUGUUGGCAGACAUGCAAAGAAAGCAUGACGUCAUGGCGAAACGUUACGUCCAGACCCAACGUCACACUAUCGAGGUGGACUGGAUUCUCUACAUGGACGAACUUGCUAGACACGUUGGUUGCAAACCAAACUUAGUGAAACUGUUCCUAACCGAUCCCGUCCUUGCUUGGGCAGUUCUCACAGGUCCGUGUGUGCCCUAUCAGUAUCGCUUGAUGGGUCCCAAGCCGUGGGAGGGGGCUAGGGAGGCGAUCCUCUCCACCAUGGAUAGAGUCAAAAAACCGCUGCAGACCAGAAUACCUGCCGGGUGCUCAAAGAGGUCCGGUUUUGGCCGAUUCUUCUCCAUGAUGGUCCUGUUGGUGGCUAUAAGUGCGGUGAUGGUAAAGCUGUACUAUCCAGACAGGCUAUCCUCCUUGGCCAACAUGUUAAGUCGCUGAAUGAUUGAUUUGCGGUAAAGCGAUGCAUUACUGAUUAAAAAAGACCGUGGAAAAAUAUAACUUUUUACUACUCUUUUUGUGCUUAAUCGCAUUGGCCAAGCACUGUUACUAUUUGGGAGUCAUGUUUGCAAACUAAGUAUAAUAUUCGGUUGUUACACGUUUCUCCAUGUAAUUUACAUGUAACGGGUUUGUAAAAUGAAAAAAGAAAAAUAUUUCCGUUGUUAAGAGGAUAACAACUGUUCGUACGAGAUUCAUAUUACUUUGUAAACAACUCAAUGAAAUGAAAUGUAAUAAAUUCCUAUUUACGACCAAAACAGCGGUUAUCGCAAUUACUCUGGAAUCUGUGUUUGCCAUCAGACCAUUUGGAUCUUCAAAGAUGGCAGUACCUCUAAAACAAAUUAUUUAGAAAUUAUAACAAAAAAAAAUUAGAAAAAAACAUGGAAUAGCCUUAAAUGUCGGAAUGGAUUAGUUAACCAUUCGUAAGUAAGAGAAAAUCGCCGUUUACCCCAGGAAAAUCCGCUUUUUGGCCAAAACGAACAGUUGGUUGUCUUCACAGUCAGUUUUUCUGUAAGUUUUUUCUUUUUGUAAAAAAAAUGUAUACGUGCAUUGGAGUAUAAUGAUAUAACGGUAAACUAUGUAGAAUGCCUACACUCUGCCCGGUACAGUAGCCUGUAAUAAGUGGAACAGCUGUCAAAAUUCAGAACUCUGGAUUGUACGUGUAUAUCCUUUUAUCAUAUUUUAUUUACAUACAUGAUAUGACAUAGGGGUUUAUCUUUUAUCCAUUUACUAGUAUACAAUACAGGGUAUAUCACUUAGAAUAAUAGGAUAUAUUAGGAUACAUAAUACUGGAAAUGUAUAUAUGACUUUUCCGAAUACAUUUAUUUUUAUGCA